AUGACAACCGAACCGACCUCCACCGCUGUGAUGGCGACUCGAAAGACCAUUCCGCCCCUCGCUCGCGGCGACUCGAAGCCCGUCGACGCGAAUAAACCAUUCAUUAUUCGCGACCUGCCAGCGGAAAUCCGCAAUCAAAUCAUAAACUACUUGGUCGAGUACCCCACGCCAAUGCGUAUACGCUGCAAUGGUAGUUCUACCUUCUACUCCAACAACACUUUCAUCAUUGACAGUGACUACUGUUCUUACGACUGCCACCGGUACUCAUCUACCAUCAAACUACCGGGCGCUUUCUUCACGCGUAUAGGCACGCAAGCGCACUGGCUUCGGAAGGUUGUACUCGACCUAUGCGUUUUGGAGUCGUCAGAGCUUUAUCGAAGCCUUGCAUAUCCUGAUCAAGUUAAAGAUGGUGCACCUGGGCGAUUCGAGAUCACCCCUCUUCUACGCGCCGUUUGGAGUCUGGAUCUAAACGUCGACGUCUCUCUCGUCAACACUAGGGGCCAUUCCCCUGUUCAAGGUUUUGCGGAUUUGAAUUUCAAUGCCCCGUCAAUGAGUGCUAUCCUCAAGUCUAUACUAGGAGGACAGUUGGAGCUACGAAAGUAUGGCCGACUGCUGUACGCAGUUAAUAUAUACGGAGACGCUUCCGGAGGUGAGAUCAAUUGGGGGACUACUAACGUUUGUUGCGAUCCCCCCGGUCUGAUGAUGCGAUCAAGUCUUCCAGACAUCUUUCCAGAUCCCCAUCACGUCUCUUCCUUUAUUGCGGAAGACGACGGAGCUCGACUACGAGUGCGCAAGCAGGAAAAGGCCCUGACCCUACUCGACCUGCCACAGCCGAUACUCAGGGAUAUAAUCAGUCGGGUUGUGCGUCCUACCGAAGGCUUUGUGAUCGACUUGAAUAAGGAUACGAAGUUCAACUGUGGUAUUAUCCACGUUAACAAGGACAUCUAUCACGCGUGGCGUAAAGCCUUUCUCUUCGGCCAUGACACGUACAAACACAGCAGACAUAGCAUUUUCGAGUUAGUCUUGACAACAAACUGUGUACAAACUGAUUUCGACGGGUUCAAGAACUUACGGAGAUUUCUGAGGAAGACUUUCGACCCUUCCCGUUAUCCUGGUGAUUCAUCACACCCGAGGACCCUUAUGAAUAGCCCGUUCGAACGGACUACGUUGAAAUACAAACUCAAAUUUGAGGUGCAAGACCCUAUCUCAUUAAAUGAUGUCCGCAUCAACAUAUUGCCCUUUGUCAUGGAGACGGCGAUGUCAGGUCGAUGGAAAGGAAAUGAACUCACGAUUCAGGUUCGGAGUACCGACUGCAACGGACCCUCUACCAUGAUUGCUUCGCAUACGUUGAAACUUCAAGAGCUUCGCAUCAAUAUCCUCACCGCUUUGAUGAAGUCCUUCUACUUGGAAGAAGAAGAAAGGUCAGUCGUACCUAAUUGCUGGAUCAAUGGUUUUGGGCAAGUCGUGCAAGUCGAGGACGCUCACGAUGAUGCCGGCGAAGCAUGGGAGUUUGCCUCACAUCUUGUCGAAAACGACAUUGAGAUAGACCAUGGCCGUUGGGAAACCAGGAACUGCUUCGACGUUCUCGAACUGCACCCUCUUGACAGGCAUUACCGAAAUGGGGAAAUCCAUCCUGGCUGUUCCAUCAGCGGCAAACAAUUCUUUCCGUUUCAGCGAAAUGUAAAGGAGAUUAUGCGCUAUCUUUUGCAUAACAUUGACAACCACGGGGUGUUUGACUCCACUGCCCGUCCGAAAGAUUUCAAGUGCGAGUGCGAUGAUUGUAAUGAUCAAACCGAGGACGAUGAGGUUGUUUAG